UCUUGGAAAAACAGGCACCUUUUGCAGGCUGCGGAGCAGUGCACCAGCAUACUUGCUCCUCCGUAUACUUUACUUUCAGUUCGCCGGAAAUAUAGUUUAUAAUUUUAAAAUAAUAACUCCGAAAUAUCGUGUAAAUGGCUAGCAUGGCCAACCGAAAUCUUAAGCAGAUUAAUAUACACAACAACUCUCCGUCUCCCAGACCCCACAACCCAAAUCGCAAUUCGGAAUCGCCAGCCGCUGAACAAGGGCCAAAGAUGGAGGGACCAACAACGUCAAAUACAGAUCCCAUUUCUGAAUCUGACGCUGGCGAGCCACUUGAAAUGACAUUUGACUUGAAAAGCUUCAGGAAACCAGGAGAGAAAACGUUUACUCAGCGAUGCAGGUUGUUUGUGGGAAAUCUCCCUACUGAUUUGACAGAGGAGGAUUUCAAAAAUCUGUUCUCAAAAUAUGGAGAAGCCAACGAAGUCUUCAUCAACAGAGACCGGGGAUUUGGAUUCAUCCGACUGGAAACCAGGACGCUGGCAGAGAUCGCGAAGGCUGAGCUGGAUGGAACGGUCAUGAGGAACAGGCCGAUCCGGAUCCGCUUCGCCACACACGGAGCGGCGCUGACGGUGCGGAACCUCUCCCCUGUGGUCUCCAACGAGCUCCUGGAGCAGGCCUUUGCCCAGUUCGGCCCGGUGGAGAGGGCCAUCGUUGUGGUUGACGACCGUGGCAGGCCGACUGGCAAAGGAUUUGUGGAGUUUGCUUCAAAACCCGCUGCCCGGAAGGCGUUGGAACGUUGUGCAGAUGGAGCCCUUCUACUGACCACGGCGCCCCGUCCUGCUGUCGUUGAGCCAACGGAACAGUUUGAUGAUGAAGACGGCCUCCCCGAAAAGUUGCUGCAGAAAUCUGCACAGUAUCACAAGGAGAGGGAGCACCCCCCUCGCUUCGCCCAGCCCGGGACCUUUGAGUUUGAGUACUCCUCACGCUGGAAGGCCCUGGAUGAGAUGGAGAAACAGCAGCGGGACCAGGUGGACCGGAACAUCCGCGAGGCCAAAGAGAAGCUGGAGGCUGAGAUGGAGGCCGCACGACACGAACACCAGCUCAUGAUGAUGAGACAAGAUCUAAUGAGGCGUCAGGAGGAACUGAGGCGUCUGGAGGAGCUGAGGAACCAGGAGCUCCAGAAGAGAAAGCAUAUCGAAAUGAGGCACGAGGAGGAGCGCAGGCGGCGGGAGGAGGACAUGAUGCGGCACCGGGAGCAGGAGGAGAUGAGACGGCAGCCCGACGCCUUCAAGCCCAACUACAUGGACAGCAGAGAGCAGGAUAUGAGAAUGGGUGAUAUGGGUCCACGUGGAGGCAUAAAUAUGGGAGAUGCGUAUAACCCAGCUGCUGCUGGCGGUAACCAGGGGCCCCCACAAAUGAGGGGCCUGGGUCUGCCUGGCCGCGGCGGAGCCAUGGGCCCAGAGGGAGCGGCUGGCAUGGGGACCCCAAUGAUGCCGGAUAACGGAGCCAUGCGCAAUGAUAGAUUUCCCCAGAGUGGCGGCCCUCCCCCUUUGGGUACACCCAUGGGCGGCCGACCGGGAAUGGAGGCCCAGCAACAACAGCAGCAGCAGCCACCACAACAGCAGCAGCCACCACAGCAGCAGCAGCAGCAGCAACAGCAGCAGCAGCCGCCACCGCCCAUGGUGGGGGCAGUCCCUGUGGGGGUGGGCGGUGCUGGGCCCGGGGGUUUUGGGAGAGGCAACCAAGGCGGGGCCAACUUUGAGGGUCCCAACAACAAACGUCGCAGAUACUGAGCUGACGUGUAUAGAGCACCUUCCUCGCUUGAAUUUCAUCUCACUGCUACUCUAUGGGCUUCUUUUUUUUUCUUCUUUUUUUUUUUCUGGAAGGUUUCUGGCUAAUUUCUGUUUGCUUAAAUUGCAGAUGGACGUGAGCCAAGUUCAGUAGUUUUAAUGGUAGAGAUUUUGUUACAUGAGAAGGGAUUUAAAAGCAACCUGUACACAUAGAAAUGAAAGCAGUGUCCAAAGGGCUUUGAUAUCACUCUGCCGAUCUACAGCCCAGUUUGGCCCCAGAUGAUCACGUGGUUAUCUGCUCAUACUUUAAAUGUGAAAUGAUUUAAAUCCAGCAUAUCUUCAGUUAUAGAUUACUGCCAUUGAUAUUACUUACUUUUAUAUUGUGUAGUGUUUCCUUUAGCUUUUAACAUUUUCCUUUGAUUAGUGUCGUUGAUGGAUAUGAGUACUUUCUUGUGUUUGUGUAAGCCUUAGUCUUUCAGUGUUAAACUGCAUGCCCAUACAUUGUUCCUUCUGAUUGCGGUUACAGGUUAUCUUUAAAAUAUUCUGAAUCGUGUCGUGUUCUGAAGAAUUCUGGCAUCUGAAAUAAAACAAUUGAAAUGCUCA